AUGCUGAAGAAGCCACAGAAGCUGAAGAAGCCACAGAAGCUGAAGAAGCCACAGAAGCUGAAGAAGCCACAGAAGCUGAAGAAGCCACAGAAGCCACAGAAGCCACAGAAGCUGAAGAAGUCACAGAAGCUAAAGAACCCACAGAAGUCACAGAAGCUAAAGAAGCCACAGAAGCCACAGAAGCUGAAGAUGCCACAGAAGCCACAGAAGCUAAAGAAGCCACAGAAGCUAAAGAAGCUACAGAAGCUACAGAAGCUACAGAAGCUACAGAAGCUACAGAAGCCACAGAAGCUAAAGAAGCUACAGAAGCUACAGAAGCUACAAAGCUACAGUACAGAAGCUACAGAAGCCACAGAAGCUGAAGAAGCCACAGAAGCUACAGAAGCCACAGAAGCUACAGAAGCCACAGAAGCUAAAGAAGCUACAGAAGCUAAAGAAGCUACAGAAGCCACAGAAGCUAAAGAAGCUACAGAAGCCACAGAAGCUAAAGAAGCCACAGAAGCUAAAGAAGCUACAGAAGCCACAGAAGCUACAGACGCUACAGAAGCUACAGAAGCUACAGACGCUACAGAAGCCACAGAAGCUACAGAAGCCACAGAAGCUACAGAAGCUACAGAAGCUACAGAAGCUACAGAAGCCACAGAAGCUAAAGACGCUAAAGAAGCCACAGAAGCUAAAGAAGCUACAGAAGCUACAGAACCCACAGAAGCUACAGAAGCUAAAGAAGCUACAGAAGCUACAGAAGCCACAGAAGCUACAGUACAGAAGCUACAGAAGCUACAGAAGCCACAGAAGCUACAGAAGCUAAAGAAGCUACAGAAGCCACACAGAAGCUACAGUACAGAAGCUACAGAAGCUACAGAAGCCACAGAAGCUACAGUACAGAAGCUACAGAAGCUACAGAAGCCACAGAAGCUACAGUACAGAAGCUACAGAAGCCACAGGGAGGUCUGUGGAGGAGGUCAGGAGACACCAGGGAGGUCUGUGGAGGAGGUCAGGAGACACCAGGGAGGUCUGUGGAGGAGGUCAGAGGACACCAGGGAGGUCUGUGGAGGAGGUCAGGGGACACCAGGGAGGUCUGUGGAGGAGGUCAGGAGACACCAGGGAGGUCUGUGGAGGAGGUCAGGAGACACCAGGGAGGUCUGUGGAGGAGGUCAGGGGACACCAGGGAGGUCUGUGGAGGAGGUCAGGAGACACCAGGGAGGUCUGUGGAGGAGGUCAGGGGACACCAGGGAGGUCUGUGGAGGAGGUCAGGGGACACCAGGGAGGUCUGUGGAGGAGGUCAGGGGACACCAGGGAGGUCAAGGGAGGAGGUCAGGGGACACCAGGGAGGUCUGUGGAGGAGGUCAGGAGACACCAGGGAGGUCUGUGGAGGAGGUCAGGAGACACCAGGGAGGUCUGUGGAGGAGGUCAGAGGACACCAGGGAGGUCUGUGGAGGAGGUCAGGGGACACCAGGGAGGUCUGUGGAGGAGGUCAGGGGACACCAGGGAGGUCUGUGGAGGAGGUCAGGAGACACCAGGGAGGUCUGUGGAGGAGGUCAGGGGACACCAGGGAGGUCUGUGGAGGAGGUCAGGGGACACCAGGGAGGUCUGUGGAGGAGGUCAGAGGACACCAGGGAGGUCUGUGGAGGAGGUCAGAGGACACCAGGGAGGUCUGUGGAGGAGGUCAGGAGACACCAGGGAGGUCUGUGGAGGAGGUCAGGAGACACCAGGGAGGUCUGUGGAGGAGGUCAGGGGACACCAGGGAGGUCUGUGGAGGAGGUCAGGGGACACCAGGGAGGUCAAGGGAGGAGGUCAGGGGACACCAGGGAGGUCAAGGGAGGAGGUCAGGAGACACCAGGCAGGUCUGUGGAGGAGGUCAGGAGACACCAGGGAGGUCUGUGGAGGAGGUCAGAGGACACCAGGGAGGUCUGUGGAGGAGGUCAGAGGACACCAGGGAGGUCUGUGGAGGAGGUCAGAGGACACCAGGGAGGUCUGUGGAGGAGGUCAGGGGACACCAGGGAGGUCAAGGGAGGAGGUCAGGGGACACCAGGGAGGUCAAGGGAGGAGGUCAGGAGACACCAGGCAGGUCUGUGGAGGAGGUCAGGAGACACCAGGGAGGUCUGUGGAGGAGGUCAGAGGACACCAGGGAGGUCUGUGGAGGAGGUCAGAGGACACCAGGGAGGUCUGUGGAGGAGGUCAGGAGACACCAGGGAGGUCUGUGGAGGAGGUCAGGGGACACCAGGGAGGUCUGUGGAGGAGGUCAGGGGACACCAGGGAGGUCAAGGGAGGAGGUCAGGGGACACCAGGGAGGUCAAGGGAGGAGGUCAGGAGACACCAGGCAGGUCUGUGGAGGAGGUCAGGGGACACCAGGGAGGUCUGUGGAGGAGGUCAGGAGACACCAGGGAGGUCUGUGGAGGAGGUCAGAGGACACCAGGGAGGUCUGUGGAGGAGGUCAGAGGACACCAGGGAGGUCUGUGGAGGAGGUCAGGGGACACCAGGGAGGUCUGUGGAGGAGGUCAGGGGACACCAGGGAGGUCUGUGGAGGAGGUCAGGGGACACCAGGGAGGUCUGUGGAGGAGGUCAGGGGACACCAGGGAGGUCUGUGGAGGAGGUCAGGGGACACCAGGGAGGUCUGUGGAGGAGGUCAGGGGACACCAGGGAGGUCUGUGGAGGAGGUCAGGGGACACCAGGGAGGUCUGUGGAGGAGGUCAGGGGACACCAGGGAGGUCUGUGGAGGAGGUCAGGGGACACCAGGGAGGUCUGUGGAGGAGGUCAGGGGACACCAGGGAGGUCUGUGGAGGAGGUCAGGGGACACCAGGGAGGUCUGUGGAGGAGGUCAGGGGACACCAGGGAGGUCUGUGGAGGAGGUCAGGGGACACCAGGGAGGUCUGUGGAGGAGGUCAGGGGACACCAGGGAGGUCUGUGGAGGAGGUCAGGGACACCAGGGAGGUCUGUGGAGGAGGUCAGGGGACACCAGGGAGGUCUGUGGAGGAGGUCAGGGGACACCAGGGAGGUCUGUGGAGGAGGUCAGGGGACACCAGGGAGGUCUGUGGAGGAGGUCAGGGGACACCAGGGAGGUCUGUGGAGGAGGUCAGGGGACACCAGGGAGGUCUGUGGAGGAGGUCAGAGGACACCAGGGAGGUCUGUGGAGGAGGUCAGGGGACACCAGGGAGGUCUGUGGAGGAGGUCAGGGGACACCAGGGAGGUCUGUGGAGGAGGUCAGGGGACACCAGGGAGGUCUGUGGAGGAGGUCAGGGGACACCAGGGAGGUCUGUGGAGGAGGUCAGGGGACACCAGGGAGGUCUGUGGAGGAGGUCAGGGGACACCAGGGAGGUCUGUGGAGGAGGUCAGGGGACACCAGGGAGGUCUGUGGAGGAGGUCAGGGGACACCAGGGAGGUCUGUGGAGGAGGUCAGGGGACACCAGGGAGGUCUGUGGAGGAGGUCAGGGGACACCAGGGAGGUCUGUGGAGGAGGUCAGGGGACACCAGGGAGGUCUGUGGAGGAGGUCAGGGGACACCAGGGAGGUCUGUGGAGGAGGUCAGGGACACCAGGGAGGUCUGUGGAGGAGGUCAGGGACACCAGGGAGGUCUGUGGAGGAGGUCAGGGGACACCAGGGAGGUCUGUGGAGGAGGUCAGGGGACACCAGGGAGGUCUGUGGAGGAGGUCAGGGGACACCAGGGAGGUCUGUGGAGGAGGUCAGGGGACACCAGGGAGGUCUGUGGAGGAGGUCAGGGGACACCAGGGAGGUCUGUGGAGGAGGUCAGGGGACACCAGGGAGGUCUGUGGAGGAGGUCAGGGGACACCAGGGAGGUCUGUGGAGGAGGUCAGGGGACACCAGGGAGGUCUGUGGAGGAGGUCAGGGGACACCAGGGAGGUCUGUGGAGGAGGUCAGGGGACACCAGGGAGGUCUGUGGAGGAGGUCAGGGGACACCAGGGAGGUCUGUGGAGGAGGUCAGGGGACACCAGGGAGGUCUGUGGAGGAGGUCAGGGGACACCAGGGAGGUCUGUGGAGGAGGUCAGGGGACACCAGGGAGGUCUGUGGAGGAGGUCAGGGGACACCAGGGAGGUCUGUGGAGGAGGUCAGGGGACACCAGGGAGGUCUGUGGAGGAGGUCAGGGGACACCAGGGAGGUCUGUGGAGGAGGUCAGGGGACACCAGGGAGGUCUGUGGAGGAGGUCAGGGGACACCAGGGAGGUCUGUGGAGGAGGUCAGGGGACACCAGGGAGGUCUGUGGAGGAGGUCAGAGGACACCAGGGAGGUCUGUGGAGGAGGUCAGGGGACACCAGGGAGGUCUGUGGAGGAGGUCAGGGGACACCAGGGAGGUCUGUGGAGGAGGUCAGAGGACACCAGGGAGGUCUGUGGAGGAGGUCAGGGGACACCAGGGAGGUCUGUGGAGGAGGUCAGGAGUCACACCAGGGAGGUCUGUGGAGGAGGUCAGGGGACACCAGGGAGGUCUGUGGAGGAGGUCAGGGGACACCAGGGAGGUCUGUGGAGGAGGUCAGGGGACACCAGGGAGGUCUGUGGAGGAGGUCAGGGGACACCAGGGAGGUCUGUGGAGGAGGUCAGGAGACACCAGGGAGGUCUGUGGAGGAGGUCAGGAGACACCAGGGAGGUCAAGGGAGGAGGUCAGGGGACACCAGGCAGGUCUGUGGAGGAGGUCAGGAGACACCAGGGAGGUCUGUGGAGGAGGUCAGGGGACACCAGGGAGGUCUGUGGAGGAGGUCAGGAGACACCAGGGAGGUCUGUGGAGGAGGUCAGGGGACACCAGGGAGGUCUGUGGAGGAGGUCAGGAGACACCAGGGAGGUCUGUGGAGGAGGUCAGGAGACACCAGGCAGGUCUGUGGAGGAGGUCAGGAGACACCAGGGAGGUCUGUGGAGGAGGUCAGGGGACACCAGGGAGGUCUGUGGAGGAGGUCAGGAGACACCAGGGAGGUCAAGGGAGGAGGUCAGGGGACACCAGGGAGGUCAAGGGAGGAGGUCAGGAGACACCAGGCAGGUCUGUGGAGGAGGUCAGGGGACACCAGGGAGGUCUGUGGAGGAGGUCAGGAGACACCAGGGAGGUCUGUGGAGGAGGUCAGGAGACACCAGGGAGGUCUGUGGAGGAGGUCAGGGAGACACACAGGGAGGUCUGUGGAGGAGGUCAGGGGACACCAGGGAGGUCUGUGGAGGAGGUCAGGGGACACCAGGGAGGUCUGUGGAGGAGGUCAGGGGACACCAGGGAGGUCUGUGGAGGAGGUCAGGAGACACCAGGGAGGUCUGUGGAGGAGGUCAGGGGACACCAGGGAGGUCUGUGGAGGAGGUCAGAGGACACCAGGGAGGUCUGUGGAGGAGGUCAGAGGACACCAGGCAGGUCUGUGGAGGAGGUCAGGGGACACCAGGGAGGUCUGUGGAGGAGGUCAGGGGACACCAGGGAGGUCUGUGGAGGAGGUCAGGGGACACCAGGGAGGUCUGUGGAGGAGGUCAGAGGACACCAGGGAGGUCUGUGGAGGAGGUCAGGGGACACCAGGGAGGUCUGUGGAGGAGGUCAGGAGACACCAGGGAGGUCUGUGGAGGAGGUCAGGGGACACCAGGGAGGUCUGUGGAGGAGGUCAGGAGACACCAGGGAGGUCUGUGGAGGAGGUCAGGGGACACCAGGGAGGUCUGUGGAGGAGGUCAGAGGACACCAGGGAGGUCUGUGGAGGAGGUCAGGGGACACCAGGGAGGUCUGUGGAGGAGGUCAGAGGUAG